AUGGAAGAAUCUGAGAAAAGGAAAGAAAGGCUAAAGGCAAUGCGGAUGGAAGCUUCCCAGACGGGAGCUUAUGCCGACUCCAAGACUCCAGGGUCGGCAUAUGGAGCCCUUUUGAACCCUUUGAUUGAAAAUGAAACAGCCAGUGCCUCUCCGCAUCAGCAGAAUUUGCCUAGGUUCGGUUAUUACACGGACCCCAUGGCAGCAUUCUCCGGAAGUAAAAGGAGCAACGACAUGUCUCCUCAAGUUUCUCAUGGACAUCACAACACACCCCCAAGGGCGUUCUACCAAGGCUCGAUCUCAAACCCAGAGUACAAUUAUCAUCCACCGGUGACCUUUCCAGGUCCUGGGGCACUCAACCCUUACCCACCCAGAGCCCAAUUCAAUCAUGGGCCCCCCUUGUGCCCAACUAGCCCCUUAAGCAGACCCCAGCAAUAUCCCCCACCACCUUGGGCCCGGCCAGGUGGACCCACCGAUAACAACCAGAACUUUCACCCUUGGCCCAAUUUUCCAAGAGGCGGUAAUUUUACCAGUCCAAGCCCUAGACCAACGAAUUCCAACCACUAUAACACGGGACGCGGUAGAGGGUUGGGCCCGGAUUCUGGACCGAGUUAUUCCAGGCGAGGAGCGGGCCCGCGUGAUCCCAUCUCUGCUGAUCAACGGCCGGAUUUGUAUUACAGAAAGGAAAUGGUUGAGGAUCCUUGGCGGUUUUUGAGUCCUGUUGUUUGGAAGGGCGGUGAAGUAUACGCUCGUGAUUCGGAUCAGUCGUGGCUCCCAAAAUCAAUCUCCAUGAAGAAAUCAAAAGCUUCUUCAACGGGCCCACAGGGGUCGAUCUCUCAGCAGAGCCUGGCCGAGUAUCUGGCAGAGACCUUCAACGACUCCACCGAUUGA